GUCUUUAACUACAGCUGCAAAAGCAGUUUCUUCACUUUCAUGAGCAUAGUGGAGAUGAAGUUUACGAUUUUUCAUUACCUCAGAGUUCUCUUCUUCUUCUUCUUCGUGGCAUUAUCUUCUUACAGUUUUGUUGUUCGUGGAGACAAAAGCUCUGUCCUUAUUGUUGAUGUCCGUAGCUUUGGUGCUCGAGCUAAUGAUCACAGAGAUAACACGAAGGCCUUUGUAGCAGCAUGGGACAUGGCGUGUAAGUCAUCUUCAAGCUCUGUAGAUCUUAUCAUUCCAAGAGGAGAGUUUCAUGUUGGUCCUAUCAGAUUCUCUGGUCCUUGCACUAACGUAACACAUCUCACUGUCCGAGUAAAGGGUCAUCUCAAGGCAUCAACUGAUCUGUCAAAGUACAGAUCAGGCGGUGGUUGGAUUGAGUUUGGAUGGAUCAACGGUUUAACUCUCACCGGAGGUGGAACAUUUGACGGUCAAGGCGCUUUAGCUUGGCCGUUUAAUAACUGUAUUACUGAUUCUCACUGCAAGCUCCUCCCAACAAGCUUGAAGUUUGUGGGGAUGAACAGAACAAUAGUAAGAAGGAUAAGCUCAGUGAACAGCAAAUUCUUUCACAUGGCAUUAGUACAAUGCAGAGACUUCAAAGGGACAAGACUCAACAUUACUGCUCCUUCUGAUAGUCCCAACACUGAUGGAAUCCACAUCGAACGCAGCUCAAAUGUCUACUUCUCGCGUUCACAUAUAGCAACGGGAGAUGAUUGUGUGUCUAUAGGACAAGGAAACUCUCAGAUCACAAUCACAAGUAUCAAAUGUGGACCAGGACAUGGUAUCAGCGUUGGGAGUUUAGGGAGAUAUCCAAAUGAGAAAGACGUGAAGGGACUAGUGGUGAGGGAUUGCAAGAUGAGUGGUACGACUAAUGGGAUAAGGAUCAAAACAUGGGCUGAUUCUCCUGGUCUAAGUGCAGCUACUAACAUGACUUUUCAGAACAUUAUUAUGAGCAAUGUGACUAAUCCAAUCAUCAUUGAUCAGUCUUAUUGUCCUUUCUCUUCUUGCUCUUCAAAUGUACCAUCUAAGGUGAAGCUGAGUGAGAUAUACUUCAAGAACAUAAGAGGAACAUCAUCAUCAAAGGUAGCGGUGCAGCUGCAUUGUAGCGAAGGAAUGCCAUGUAAGAAAGUGUACUUGGAGAAUGUUCAUCUUUAUCUAGCUUCUUCUUCUGGUGGGGGAAGUGGGAAACAACAGAGCAGCAACGGAGGAAAUGAAGCUGUCUCUUCUUCUUGUAGAUACGUUAGAGCUAAUUACAUUGGGACUCAAAGCCCACCUCCAUGUCACUAAAUUUUCCAUCAUACCGUGAAACUUUUUCUUGUAGUUUAAUUACUUUUAUGCUUUUGUUUGGACUCUUGGGACAUGUUUUUUUUUUCAUCAUAUUCACGUCAAUGGAGGUAAGUAGUUUAAACUC